AUGACCAGCGCCACUCUUUCUAAUGGGGUCGAUGGGUCGACCCCAAUCGUCAACGGCAGCAGCACACCCACCACUCGUCCGGUCAAUGUUCUAAAAUUUGGCGGAACCAGUGUUGGCAAAUUCCCCCAGGACAUCGUGAAUGUUGUCAAAUCGAGCUCCCAAGAGAACGAUGUUGCCAUUGUCUGCUCGGCGAGAUCGAGCAGCACGAAAGCUGCAGGCACUACCAAUCGAUUACUACGGGCGGCCACCGAAGCAGAGGAUCAUAGGACACAAGGUUUCAAGAAGUUGAUUGAAGAUGUCCGAGCCGAUCACAUUGAGGCUGCUGGGUUUUACAUCAAGUCGGAGAAAAUAUCCUCACGGUUAAAGGCAGAAAUUGACGAAGAAUGUUCCUUGGUGGUGCGGAUACUAGAAGCUGCCCAGACAUUGGGAGAGACUAGCCCAAGAUCGAGGGACAAGGUGAUGAGCACAGGAGAGAAACUCAGUUGCCGGUUCAUGACUGCACUACUGCAAGAUCGAGGGAUUGACGCUGAAUACGUUGAUCUGGCGGAUGUGAUCGACUUCAAAGGUUCGCACGGCUUGGACCAGCAAUUUUACGACAACGUAUCCGCCCGACUAGGGCAGAGAUUGCAGAAUAUCUCGGGCAAAGUUCCCGUCAUCACUGGUUACUUUGGGGUUAUUCCUCGCGGGCUUCUUACGACAGUGGGGCGAGGUUAUACCGAUCUAUGCGCCGCGUUGGUUGCAGUUGGGAUCAAAGCAAAAGAAUUGCAAAUAUGGAAGGAAGUUGAUGGCAUCUUCACCGCCGAUCCGCGCAAAGUCCCAACAGCUCAAUUGAUUCCCCAGAUCAGCCCUGCCGAAGCAGCUGAACUUACCUUCUACGGAUCUGAGGUCAUCCAUCCUUCGACCAUGGACCAAGUCAUUCGAGCACGGAUCCCAAUUCGCAUCAAGAAUGUCAUGAAUCCUAGAGGAGGAGGGACCAUCAUCUUCCCUGAUAGUCCAUUUGAGCUAGACUCAGCGUCAUCAGGACAUGACCCCAAAUUAUUCAAGUCCCGAAGUUCCAGCCAUCUGACAGAGCGGAAGAGGCCGAAGCGUCCGACGGCAGUUACCAUGAAGCACAAAAUCCUGGUUAUGAACAUCCAUUCCAAUAAGCGAUCGCUGUCACACGGCUUCUUUGCCGGGAUAUUUGCAACAUUGGAUAAGUGGCGGCUGUCAGUCGAUGUGAUCUCCACCAGUGAGGUCAACAUGUCCAUGGCCCUGCACUCAGAAGCGCCCUUGUACACCGGAGGAGGCGAAGAUGAAUACCAGAUCGUGGAUCAGGAUCUGCGCGGGGCUCUGGAAGAGCUGCAAAGCUUUGGGACAGUUGACAUCAUCCCAGAAAUGGCAAUUGUCAGCCUGGUGGGGAAGCAAAUGAAGAAUAUGGUGGGCAUUGCUGGAAGGAUGUUCUCCACGUUAGGAGAGAACAAUGUGAAUAUUGAAAUGAUUUCUCAAGGAGCCAGUGAAAUUAACAUCUCUUGUGUGAUUGAGGAACGCGAUGCAGACCGAGCGUUGAACAUUUUGCACACCAAUUUAUUCACCUUUCUGGAACCUUGA